AUGUUUGGAUUUGAACAAAUGAUGACUGCUCGCGAAGAAAUGUUUUCAAAAUUGGCGGAUUUGGAUGACCAUUUUGCUGAUAUAUUUUUGCAAACCAGUGGUGAAGAUGAUGCUUUGAAUGCAGAAGCGCUUAAUGCUAUGAGACGACUUACACUUACUCACCAGGUUGUUCCAGUGGCUUGUGGAUCAGCGUUAAGAUGUGUACAAAGUGUAAGUCCAGUCCUUGAUUUGGUCAUUAACUGUUUGCCAUGUCCUACAGAGAAGAAUGAUCUUGUUAAUAAAGUUUUUGACAACGACUUAAGUGCCCUGGUAUUUAAGAUUAGACAUGACAGAAGACUUGGACAGUUAACUUAUGUACGUGUUUAUACCGGCGAAAUCAAUAAUAUGGAUUCGUUAUAUAAUGUUAACAAGGGUAAUGUAGAAAAUAAAUUUAAUGUUCAUAUUCCGCACAGUGAUCAACUCCAAUUGGUUUCAUCUGUCAAGGCUGGAAAUAUCGCUGUUCUAACAGGUAUGAACUCUACAGUUACGGGCGAUACACUUGUUGCAAGCAAACGAGCAGCUGAAAUGGCAAGUGAAAGACGUCGGAAGCUAUCUGCUGAAGAUUUUGUUGAAGCUUAUAAUUUGUUUUUCCAAAGUGAUCCUGGACAUUCAGUUGGUUCCGUAAAAUCUGUUUUACUAGCGGGCAUUGAAGCACCUGAUCCAGUUUAUUUCUGCACUGUUGAGGCACCGUCUGAAGCAUCUAAUGCGUUGCAAGAGCUAGUAGUAGAAGAUCCAUCUUUGCAAGUGCAAUAUAACAGUGAAUUAGGUCAAACGAUUAUUGGUGCAAUGGGAGAACUGCAUAUUGAAGUUAUCAGAGAUAGGCUUCGACGUGAUUAUGGCUUGAAUGUUUUCAUGGGGUCAUUGCAGGUCGCAUAUCGCGAAGUAGUUGAAAAUGAAGUUACAAAUACCACAAUUUUGAAUGCUGUAUUUGGUGAGAGUGCAUUGAAACACGAAUGCGGGAUUACUUUUACUGUUAAACCGAAUAGAGAGAGUGGGAAAUUUAAGCAGCGUCAGCCUGUCAAAAGAUGUUCAGAAUCUCAAAUUCCAAUACUAAACCAACGUUCUGUUGGAGUUGUCAAUAACAUAUUGGUGUGCAUCAAAGAUUGUAUAUCGAAAAUUAACGAUAAAGUUGUGGUACUUUUGGAUGAUAAUAAUGAAUAUGCUGGUGUUGGCAUACAUGAAAAUUGGUUGAAUGCAAUUAAUGAAGGUUGUACUAAUGCUCUGUGCACAGGACCACAAGCUGGUUUCACAGUUUAUGAUGUUGCCGUGAUACUAACAAAUUUUGUGGCCAGUGGGAAACGUUUGAAUCCUGCAAUAAUAUCUGCUGCUGCCAAUAAGUGUGUAACUGAGGCUUUACAAAAGGCAGGUACACACUUGUUGGAACCUAUAAUGAAUGCUGAGAUAGUUGCAACAAGUAAAAGACACGCAGAUAUGACACUGCAAGAAGUCUAUAAGCGAAGAGGCGUUGUGUCAGAGUCUGGAAUAGAAUGUACUGGUGAUACGUAUAUUGUUCGGUGCAUUAUGCCACUUGCUGAAUUACAAGGGUUCUCCAAAAAUAUUCGAAUUAUAACUUCCGGACAUGCAACUAUUCACCUGGAAGUAGCUGGGUACCGAGAUGUAAGUGAGCAAAAACAAAAGGAAAUUGCCAAUUUAACCAGGAUUGGGAAUCGUUAA